AUGUGGUUUGACAUGCCUCGAAAUACAACAAUUGAAUUUGAAGACAUUUAUGAAGUUUCUAUGAGACGUUGUGGUAACAAUGACACCUUGUGCAAAUAUAAUAGGAGAUUUGACGAUCUAUACUUAUAUCUCACAAGUUAUUUAAGCCAGACCAAAUGGUUCUUCAAGAAUAAAGGUGUAAUCUUUGUUGAUCAUCAUUAUAGCCAUACCCGUGAUAAUGUAGUUAAAGCAUUAAAUUUAGAUUUAAAUAAUGAAUCAAAUUCUGAUAAUAAUGAACUUGAUAUUGAGAGUGUAACAAAUUAUGAUCCCGAAGAUAUGAUGA